GAACUUUAAAAUUUAUGAUGGAGGGAGGGUAGAACAUGCGCCUGGAAACAGAUAGCUGGCAGAAGAGCAAGGGAGAGAAAAGCAAGAAUUGGGACGCUGCGGCAGUGCAAAAGAGAGGCUCAGGCAGCUCUAGAGACGCUUAUAGGCGCUGAAGCUGCUAGACUCUUAACGCAAUGGACGACCUAUUCGACGUGUUCGAGGACAAGCCGGGCUUGAACGAUGCCACCAACGAGCCCCCCAGACCUAGAAAGGCCAGGAACAAGAAGCGACGAGCAAACGGAGACAUCAAGUCAGAAAAUGUAGCGACAGCCAACGGAACGGAGUCGCCAGAGCCGGUCGAGCCCGCUGGGGAGAAGAGUGAUGCUGCAGAAGCAGAAGUCCAGGAUGACCAGCCGGACAUAAAGCGCCUGCGGGUUGACCAGGAGCCAGAGCCGGUGGUGGCAGAUACCUUUGAAACUGAACAAUCUCGUGAAGUUGCCGCGUCUGCUGGAUUUCAGGGUCAGCAAGAUGGGAAGGCUGUGGUGCUCUCCCAUCAAGUACGACAUCAAGUUGCCCUACCUGCGGGCUACGACUACAUCCCCAUCUCCCAGCACAAGCCGCCGGAGAAGCCCGCGCGGGUGUGGCCUUUUACCCUCGACCCCUUUCAGCAAGUCUCGAUUGCGUCUAUUGAACGGGAAGAGAGUGUCCUUGUCUCUGCGCAUACUAGUGCUGGAAAAACCGUGGUUGCUGAAUAUGCUAUUGCUCAGUGUUUGAAGAAUAACCAGAGGGUGAUCUACACGAGCCCAAUCAAGGCUCUGAGUAACCAAAAAUACAGAGAAUUUGCGGCUGAGUUUGGUGAUGUUGGACUGAUGACCGGUGAUGUCACCAUCAAUCCCACGGCUACCUGUCUUGUCAUGACUACUGAGGUAGGAUCACAGUGUGAAUAAUCAGUUGGACGCGGAGCUAAUUUUCCUGCAGAUUUUGCGGUCUAUGUUAUACCGAGGCUCCGAGAUUAUGCGUGAGGUCGCCUGGGUUGUUUUUGACGAGAUUCAUUACAUGCGAGAUAAGAGUAAGCAUGCCUACCGUUCUUGCACAAUGCACAUGACUAACGUCUGCUUAAGCCCGAGGUGUCGUUUGGGAGGAGACCAUUAUCCUACUGCCAGACAAAGUCAGAUAUGUGUUCCUUUCGGCUACCAUCCCGAAUGCGAUGCAGUUUGCAGAGUGGGUUACCAAGAUGCACAACCAGCCAUGCCACGUUGUAUAUACAGAUUUCC